UAAAACUAUGUUGCUUUUAUUUGUUUCAGCUUUCUUUGUUGUGCAGGCAGUGCUGGGUUCACCUCUCGAACAUCAGUCGCGCACCGUGUGUCACGACCAGCUUGGCUGCUUCCCAACGGGCGGAUCAUUCAGCGAUGAAGACCCAUGGCCACCGGAAGAAAUCGGGACCGAUUUUUGGCUCUACACACGGAGAAAUCCGGUGGAAUAUCAGAUAAUGGACGUCAACAUGGAACACAGUAUAUCAGCUUCAUACUGGGAUAAAUUGAACCCGACAAAGAUUCUCGUACACGGCUUCCAGAGUUCGGGAACCAGCCAGUGGCUACAGGAUAUGCGCGACAAGUUACUGCUAGACGACGACUACAACGUGAUCGUCGUCGACUGGAAAGAAGGCGCCAGCGCUGGCCUGCUGCAUAUCGACUAUUCGCAGUCCGUCGCCAACACCCGCGUCGUCGGUGCACAGAUUGCACAACUUGUCCACUUGCUCACGGGCAGCUACGGGGCCAGUGCGUCCGAUUUCCACAUCAUAGGCCACAGUCUCGGAGCGCAUAUCGGAGGCUAUGCCGGAGAACGCAUACCCAACCUCGCCCGGAUAUCUGUGUUAGAUCCAACAGGGCCAUGUUUUGAAAAUAACCCAGAAGCACGGCUGGACUCCAAUGACGCUAUAUUCGUCGAUGUAAUUCAUACUGGAUGCGGAUGGUCUUUCGAUAACCAGGAGCGAACAUUCCAGCACUACUUUAAAUACAAUCGAGACGUACCACAAGAGGCAGAUAUCGGCUGCUCGCACGGCCGCUCCCACGACCUGUUCACGGACAGCAUCGACAGCGGCCAGCCGCUGCUGACAUACGCCUGCAGCAGCUACGCGGCCUUCCUGGCUGGCGAGUGCAUCGCAUGUGAGAACGGUGGCUGUGCGACGCUGGGCUUGCACGCCGACCUGUACGCCGCCAACUUGAACGUAUUCCACGAGAAAUUACAAGUUUUCUUUGGAAGGUUUGAGAGCGAGGUAAGAGGCCUCUUUAAAGGCAUAUUUACGGGAAGUGGCGGUACCUCUGGAAUAUUACAAGUUGGAGAGUAA